AUGGCUUCCAAAGAGCCUCAACCCAACACCAAAUCCGACCUGAUCACCAAAGAUGCCAUGUACCUAUUCGAGAUGAUGCGCGACUCGCCCCAACCGAUCCUGCUCUACAUCGCCCCGUACGCAGUAAAGACGGGCACAAAGGCAAACACCAUCGUCAAACGAUUAGGCGAGAUCAAAAAGCGGAACGGCCUCAACAUCAUCACGACCACCAGUCCACCAGGCGACAUCAAGAGCCAUGCUCACGCCGCCGCCGCCACUGCUCGACCUCGAGCCAGCAAACCUCGCCAAGACGGGACAAAGUCGACGGUCAAGUGCGAGAAAAAGCCCGCCGCCGCGAAGAGCGCUCAAAUAAUCGACAGCAACAACAAGUUCGGUGACCUCAAAGCCGAGGAGAGCAAUUCACUCAGCUGCAGCAGCACUAGCAGCACCUCAACAGCAGCAGCAGCAGCAGCAACAGCCGCCCACGGUCUCCCAUCGCCUGCCGAUUUUACGCCCGGCAAAUGGACUGCGAGUACCUCCCGACCAGCCGCAAUCGGACGUGCCGUGGCAUCAACUGCCGGAGUCUCGCCGUCCCAGAUGCCAUUGUACAUGCCGCAGAAGAGAGCGUUCAGCCACGUCGAGGCCGAUAGUAGCCAGUACGUCAAGAGCGAAGACAAUGCGAUCAAGAAGGUCAAGACCGAGACCUGGAGCUUUGAUGGAAGCGGGAACGCCAUCACGACGGCGACGGUAUCGUGA